CUGUCCCCUCCCCUUGCGCCACCUCCCGCCCUUUAAACCCGCUGUCCCCUCUCUGUCCCCCUCGCUGUCCCUCUGUCCCUCUGUCCCUCUGUCCCGCUGUCCCCCGGUGCCACCAUGUCGCCGCUGCUGGUGGCGCUGCUGGCUGUGGCGCUGUCGCUGCUGUCGCUGCUGUCGCCCGGUGCCACCGCGCCGCCGCUGCUGGUGGCGCUGCUGGUGGCGCUGUCGCUGCUGUCGCUGCUGUCGCGACAUCGCGCGGUGGCCGCGCGCCUCCCGCCGGGCCCGCCCGCGCUGCCGCUGCUCGGCAACCUGCUGCAGCUCUCGCCCUUCCGCACGCUGCACUCGCUGCUCAAGCUGCGCGAGCGCUACGGGCCAGUGUUCACAGUGUGGCUGGGCCCGCGGCCCGUGGUGGUGCUGUGCGGGACCGAGGCCGUGCGCGAGGCGCUCGUGGGGAACCCCGAGGCGUUCGCGGGGCGCGGGCGCGUUCCCACCCUCGAGAGCACCUUCAGGGGAUACGGCGUGGUUUUCUCGGACGGGGAGCGCUGGCGGCAGCUCCGGCGCUUUUCCCUGACGGUGCUGCGGGAUUUCGGGAUGGGGCGCCGCAGCGUCGAGAGCCGCAUCCAGGAGGAGGCGCAGGAGCUGCUCCGCGCCCUCCUGCACGCCAAAGGCGAGCCCUUGGACCCCACGUUCCUGCUGAGCAGCGCCGUGUCCAACGUCAUCUGCUCCAUCGUCUUCGGGAAGCGCUUCGCGUACGACGACGCCGAGUUCCGGGAGCUGCUGCGCCUCAUGAACGACACCUUCCGCCAGAUGAGCACGCCCUGGGCCCAGCUGUACGACAUGGCCGAGUCGCUGCUGUGGUUCGUGCCGGGCCCUCACCGGCGCAUCCCGCGGCACCUGGCGAGGAUGAGGAGUUCUGGGGUGGUUUUGGGGUGAUUUCGGGUGGUUUUGGGGUGAUUUGGGGUGAUUUUGGGUGGUUUUGGUGUCAUUUUUGAGGUGUUUCAGGGCUGAUUUUGGGGUGGUUUUGGGAUGAUUUCGGGGUGUGGUUUGGGGAUGGUUUUGGGGUCAUUUCUGAGGAAUUUUUGGAGAGUUUUUUGGGGAGGUUU